AUGUGGUCUCUGCAGACUCAGACUCGGGCGAUCCAUGUGGUCUCUGCAGACUCAGACUCGGGCGAUCCAUGUGGUCUCUGCAGACUCAUACUCAGGCGGUCCAUGUGGUCUCUGCAGACUCAAACUCGGGCGGCCCAUGUGGUCUCUGCACACUCAGACUCGGGCGAUCCAUGUGGUCUCUGCAGACUCAUACUCGGGCGGUCCAUGUGGUCUCUGCAGACUCAGACUCGGGCGGUCCAUGUGGUCUCUGCAGACUCAGACUCGGGCGGUCCAUGUGGUCUCUGCAGACUCAGACUCGGGCGGUCCAUGUGGUCUCUGCAGACUCAGACUCGGGCGGUCCAUGUGGUCUCUGCAGACUCAGACUCGGGCGGUCCAUGUGGUCUCUGCAGACUCAGACUCGGGCGGUCCAUGUGGUCUCUGCAGACUCAGACUCGGGCGGUCCAUGUGGUCUCUGCAGACUCAGACUCGGGCGGUCCAUGUGGUCUGUGCAGACUCAGACUCGGGCGGUCCAUGUGGUCUCUGCAGACUCAGACUCGGGCGGCCCAUGUGGUCUCUGCAGACUCAAACUCGGGCGGUCCAUGUGGUCUCUGCAGACUCAGACUCGGGCGGUCCAUGUGGUCUGUGCAGACUCAGACUCGGGCGGUCCAUGUGGUCUCUGCAGACUCAGACUCGGGCGGUCCAUGUGGUCUCUGCAGACUCAGACUCGGGCGGUCCAUGUGGUCUCUGCAGACUCAGACUCGGGCGGUCCAUGUGGUCUCUGCAGACUCAGACUCGGGCGGUCCAUGUGGUCUCUGCAGACUCAGACUCGGGCGGUCCAUGUGGUCUCUGCAGACUCAGACUCGGGCGGUCCAUGUGGUCUCUGCAGACUCAGACUCGGGCGGUCCAUGUGGUCUCUGCAGACUCAGACUCGGGCGGUCCAUGUGGUCUCUGCAGACUCAGACUCGGGCGGUCCAUGUGGUCUCUGCAGACUCAGACUCGGGCGGUCCAUGUGGUCUCUGCAGACUCAGACUCGGGCGGUCCAUGUGGUCUCUGCAGACUCAGACUCGGGCGGUCCAUGUGGUCUCUGCAGACUCAGACUCGGGCGGUCCAUGUGGUCUCUGCAGACUCAGACUCGGGCGGUCCAUGUGGUCUCUGCAGACUCAGACUCGGGCGGUCCAUGUGGUCUCUGCAGACUCAGACUCGGGCGGUCCAUGUGGUCUCUGCAGACUCAGACUCGGGCGGUCCAUGUGGUCUCUGCAGACUCAGACUCGGGCGGUCCAUGUGGUCUCUGCAGACUCAGACUCGGGCGGUCCAUGUGGUCUCUGCAGACUCAGACUCGGGCGGUCCAUGUGGUCUCUGCAGACUCAGACUCGGGCGGUCCAUGUGGUCUCUGCAGACUCAGACUCGGGCGGUCCAUGUGGUCUCUGCAGACUCAGACUCGGGCGGUCCAUGUGGUCUCUGCAGACUCAGACUCGGGCGGUCCAUGUGGUCUCUGCGACUCAGACUCGGGCGGUCCAUGUGGUCUCUGCAGACUCAGACAGACUCGGGCGGUCCAUGUGGUCUGUGCAGACUCAGACUCGGGCGGUCCAUGUGGUCUCUGCAGACUCAGACUCGGGCGGUCCAUGUGGUCUCUGCAGACUCAGACUCGGGCGGUCCAUGUGGUCUCUGCAGACUCAGACUCGGGCGGUCCAUGUGGUCUCUGCAGACUCAGACUCGGGCGGUCCAUGUGGUCUCUGCAGACUCAGACUCGGGCGGUCCAUGUGGUCUCUGCAGACUCAGACUCGGGCGGUCCAUGUGGUCUCUGCAGACUCAGACUCGGGCGGUCCAUGUGGUCUCUGCAGACUCAGACUCGGGCGGUCCAUGUGGUCUCUGCAGACUCAGACUCGGGCGGUCCAUGUGGUCUCUGCAGACUCAGACUCGGGCGGUCCAUGUGGUCUCUGCAGACUCAGACUCGGGCGGUCCAUGUGGUCUCUGCAGACUCAGACUCGGGCGGUCCAUGUGGUCUCUGCAGACUCAGACUCGGGCGGUCCAUGUGGUCUCUGCAGACUCAGACUCGGGCGGUCCAUGUGGUCUCUGCAGACUCAGACUCGGGCGGUCCAUGUGGUCUCUGCAGACUCAGACUCGGGGCGGUCCAUGUGGUCUCUGCAGACUCAGACUCGGGCGGUCCAUGUGGUCUCUGCAGACUCAGACUCGGGCGGUCCAUGUGGUCUCUGCAGACUCAGACUCGGGCAGUCCAUGUGGUCUCUGCAGACUCAGACUCGGGCGGUCCAUGUGGUCUCUGCAGACUCAGACUCGGGCGGUCCAUGUGGUCUCUGCAGACUCAGACUCGGGCGGUCCAUGUGGUCUGUGCAGACUCAGACUCGGGCGGUCCAUGUGGUCUCUGCAGACUCAGACUCGGGCGGUCCAUGUGGUCUCUGCAGACUCAGACUCGGGCGGUCCAUGUGGUCUCUGCAGACUCAGACUCGGGCGGUCCAUGUGGUCUGUGCAGACUCAGACUCGGGCGGUCCAUGUGGUCUCUGCAGACUCAGACUCGGGCGGUCCAUGUGGUCUCUGCAGACUCAGACUCGGGCGGUCCAUGUGGUCUCUGCAGACUCAGACUCGGGCGGUCCAUGUGGUCUCUGCAGACUCAGACUCGGGCGGUCCAUGUGGUCUCUGCAGACUCAGACUCGGGCGGUCCAUGUGGUCUCUGCAGACUCAGACUCGGGCGGUCCAUGUGGUCUCUGCAGACUCAGACUCGGGCGGUCCAUGCCAACACCACCAGCUUAA